UCAAAAGCAAUUCCGGAAUCAAAAUCCAAUUUUCCCGGUAACGGUUCCAGACGCUUUCCGUCCCCAUGGAUACUAGUCAUGCGUUUUAUACAUUGAUGCAACAAAAAAGGUAUUUUCGGAAACAACAGGCGUUUUUGGCACGCGCCACCAGCUACGCCACUCUCGGCAACGGGUAGGACGCGCCGUAACUAGUGAAACGGCAACUGCGUUCGCGUCUACUUGUUGAUUUUAUCUACCACCUGCAGCACAAUAUACUUCAAGUAUUUUUCUCUCUCCGCUCACUUGCCGAAACGCUCGAAAAUCCAACGCGGCGCAUUUCGAAUUGGAGAAUUACGUCCCGCCGACACCGUUUCGUUUACCGAAACACACACGACUACUACGACAGUUAAUUUCAGAUAGCAGUGAAGAGUCAUUAACAAAUUGUAAAAAUGCACAAUUUAGCUCAUAAUGUUCCAGUGUUGAACUCGCCAUCAUCGUUUGUGUAUAAUCAAUUCGGUACUUACGGAACAACUUAUAAUCAAGUUUGUCAGUCUUCGUUAAUAGCGACAGUCCAACCUCCACCGUCUGUGUCCACUUAUAUUAACUCAAUGGUAACUGCUCAAACAAUUACAACACCAGUCGUUUCCUCAAUCAACACUCAAAUUGUUGAUAGUCGCAAUGUUCUAUCUAAUAUACCGUCUCCGACCAUACCGAUGUUUUCAAUUAACAGUCGUCCAAAUACAUCAACCAGAGAACAACAUUCGAACACUAGAAUAACCAAUCCAAUCUUGUUUAAUAAUUCAUCUAUGCAACAACAGUCGUUUUCCACGCAUCAUGCUAUAUUAGCAGAAUCUCUGCAAUUGUCAAUACCAGCUCAUCAAAACAGAAUAAUUUCAUCAAACCGAGAUCCAACCACGUUUAAUAAUGUUUCAACACUACAUCGCAUAGUCCCUUACCAAGCGAUGUUUAAUCAAUUUUCAGCCGGAAUGCCAAAUACUUCUCGACACAAUAUUACUUUUGGACCCGAAGGCAGUAAUUUGUUUAUAUAUCAUUUACCACAAGAGUUUAGUGACAACGAACUAACUCAUAUGUUUAUGCCAUUCGGUCAAGUGCUGAGCUCAAAAGUAUACAUAGAUAGGGAAACAAAUCAAAGCAAAUGUUUCGGUUUUGUAUCAUUCGAUACCAACAAGUGCACAAACUGCCAUUCAGGUAAUGAAUGGUUUUCAGAUCUGCCAGAAGAGAUUAAAAGUACAAUUAAAACGCCCAAAAGAAAAAAAUGCUAGUAGAAUUUAUUUCUAAAUUUAAUUUAUUUAUCAAAUUUGAACAUUUAUACGUAUUUAACUUAAUGUAUGGAACCAGUUAAUUAACAGUAAAAUUAAUAUAAUAAUACUAUCUACUUAUUAGUAAAUUAUAAAAAGUUAACAUUUUUAUAAUUUUACU